AUGACUGCGGCCGCCCUGGCGGGUAGGCUUCGCGCCGCGCUGCACAACGAGGAGGCGCCGAGCGUGGAAGCACUUCUGAAACGGGGUGCGGAUCCCAAUCUGGUGCUGCCCGAUGGCGCGGCUGCCAUCCACCUCGCGGCCGGCAAGGAGCGGGAGAGCGGGGUGCGCUGUCUGAGUCUGUUGCUGCAGCAUGGUGGGGAUCCCAAUGCCAGGUCUGUGGAUGCACUGACUCCACUGCACGUGGCUGCCUCCUGGGGCUGCUACAAGUGCUUGAAGCUCUUGCUGAAGAAAGGAGGGAACCCCGAGCUUCAGGAUCAGGAUGGAAACCGAGCCAUUGACCUGGCCCUGGAGCAGGGGAACAAAGAGUGCGUCCGGAUCCUGCGGGAAUGCCAAGUUUCUGUGGAUGAGAAAGAGGGGCCGUGUGCUCCUGCCCGCGGCGAGGACCUGGGCAACAGCCUCUUCUCCGUGCUCGACUCGGAUGGGAUGGACCCCAGCCAUCUGUGGGAACUUUCCGAUGUGACUUCCGGGCCUCUGAGCAGCACCUGCCUGGUCCUGGAGGAGGACUUGGCUGGCUCCUUCCGAAGCAACGGCCUCGGGAGCGCCCCGGGGCCACCAGGUUGGGCAGGGGAGGUGCUGACCCUGGGAGGGUCUAACCCCGGAAGCCCCAGGCUGCCUGAUCCCCAGCUCCAGGAGAAGAGCAGACUCGUGUGUCCUCUGGGAUCUGAGGGGCGCCCCCAGACCUGCUCCUCUGAAGCGGAGGGACAUGCCCCGGCUGACUUGUCCGACACCAUCACCAUUGGGGGCAAGGGAUGUGUCUUUGGCCCAUCCCCACAGGGGCAGCUGGCCUGGGGUCGGGAAGACCUUCCUCUCAGCUCCCCAGGAGCCCUUGGAGCCUCUGACCUCUCCUGUCCUGCCGGCUCCCGAGAUCUCAGCCGGCUGCUGAGGUCGGCUGCCGUAUUCCCAGAUCGUACCUCCCUGUUCUGGCAGAGCCGCUGUGCCACCCCUGGGGCCCCAACCAAGGCGGAGCCCCGAGACACAGGUCUGGGGGCUAAGUCGGGGACUCAGGGCAGCAGUGGCACUAGCAAUUGCCUCCAGGCUGUCCAGGACAAAGACGCAGAGGGCACACCAGGGAGCAGCAGCAAGGAGGCUGGUCCUUCCCAGAAAGAGACCCAAGACACAUGUCCUGUUGCUCAUCUCGGGUUUGGGGACACCGAGAUCAGCCCUGAGGAGACUUUUGGACUACCACCACCCCCUGCCAAGUGUGGUGGGGUCUCGUGGGCAGCGGCAUCCCCCAGGGAGGGGCCAGUGAAUUCUGCCCUCAGGGCCGAGCUCCGAGUCAUGAUGCUGUCCACCAAGGUCCCCCUGCCCACGACCCCCCAUGCCCAGGGCCGGGCCUCGGAGUCAGACACCAUGCCGAUCGCAGAGAUCGGUGAUCUGGAUGCUUGGGUCCCCCCACCCAAAACCCCUGGCAGCCCUGGUCCUGGGGAGCCCCUAAGUGCCAUGCUGCAAGGGAUCCUACUGGCCCCCCCAGACGACCCCCACCAGGAGUCCUACCGCUUCGUCACCCUGCGUACUCCCAGCCGCCUGCGGGCCUCAGCUUCCCAGAACAGCAGCAGCUCCACCACCCUCUUUGAUGAGAGUCUGGAGCUGCCACGGAGGGUCCAGCGGGUCCGCAGCCCCCCACGGGGGGCCCCACCUGGUACCGCCAGCCCGGGUGAUGAUGAUGGCGAUGCAGGCAGCAGCAGCCACAGCAGCAGCCAACUCUCCGGGAACCUUCCUCACAGCCUUAGCAGGCCAGGCACCCCUCUAUCUUCACCUCCAACCUCUCAGGGUGGCCUUCUAAUACCUGGGGGAGAUGGUCCCCCACCCUUAGUCUCCUCUGAUGCUUUGGCUGGGCCCGGUGCCCAGCCCCCUCAGAACACCCCAGGGGUGUUGGACGAUUCAUCCAACAAUUUCCUGACAGAUGACCAGUCCUCCCCAGACAGUGAAAAUAGUGUCCAGAGGUGGCUGACUGAAGAAGAGGAGUCCUGGGUGCCCCAGCCCCUCUGGCCCUGUAGCAGCUAUGCCCAAAGAGGGGCAGAGGAACGAGCUCCUGGGGCCCAGCACUCAGCCCGACCUCGCUGCAGCUUCAGCCGCCUGUCUGCCCAGGGACCACCCCUCCCUGAGCCCCCCCUUUCCCCGGGGGGAAGGCCCCUGCAACUCUCGGGGGCCGAGCCCGUGGAGUAUCUGUACACAGACCCUGUGGCCGGGCACAGCCUGAUUGAACGGCACCUGCCGGGCACCGAGGAGAACGCCAGCGACAGUUCAGCCUCUGAUACCACCAUUAUCUAUGACUGGCGCAGCUGUAUGGGGCAGCAGAGCACAACCCCUGCAGAGGCCCCCCGCUUGGCAGACAUCUCUGACCAGGACCUCCUGCGCCGGCUGCGUGCCCACGGGAAAAGCCCAGGGCCCGUUACCCCCUUCACCCGGAAACACUACUUGAGGUGGCUGCAGGAGCUACAGGAUGUGUCACCCACCUCUGUCCCCAGGCGGCCAGCUGCUGGCUCCUCCAUGGUGCCUCGGGGGCACAGCCCGGAGCUGACCCUGGCCUUACGGACGGGUCAGGUGCCCGAUGCCCAGGCGGAUGAGGAAGCCUUGGCCUGGCAGUUCGAUCAGCCAGACAAGAGCCAAAGGUGGCGUGAGGGCAUCCUCAAAUCCAGCUUCACCUACCUGCUGUUGGACCCCAGGGUAACUCAGAACCUGCCAGCCCGCUGUCACUCCCUGAGCCCGGCCCAAUGCUUCCAGACCUUUGCCAGUGCCAUCUUCUACGUGGGCAAGGGGAAGCGGUCCCGGCCCUACCAACACCUCUACGAGUCCCUAAAGCACUACCGCAGCAGCAAGAAGCAGGCCUGCCCCAAGGUUUGCCACAUCCUGGAGAUAUGGGCCAGUGGGCAGGGGGUGGUGUCCAUGCACUGCUUCCAGAAUGUCAUCCCAGUGGAGGCCUACACCCGCGAAGCCUGCCUGGUGGACGCGCUGGGGAUGCGGACGCUAACCAAUCAGAAGAAGGGGAAUUAUUAUGGUGUGGUGGCGAGCUGGCCCCCCCGGCGGCAGCGGCGCCUGGGCGUCUACCUGCUGCACCGUGCCCUGCACAUCUUUCUGGCUGAGGGUGAGAGGCAGCUGAGACCUCCAGACCUCCGGGCUGGGCCGUGA